AUGAGUCUGAAGAGGCUGGUCUGUGGCAUCGACUUGAGGGACCUCAAGAAGGUGGUGACAGCCCUGAACAAAGCAGCCACACAUUUCAACAGAAAUGAAAUGGAAUGUCUUGUGAAACUUUUUUACUCAUUUAUGGAAAAGGGGUAUGAACAAGGUAGCCAAGGUGGCCUGGAUCGCAGUGAAUUUAGAAACAUCCUGCAUAAUGUCUUUGGAAUGACUGACGACAUGCUUAUGAACAGGGUGUUCGGUGCUUUUGACAAAGACAGUGAUAAUCACAUUAGUAUAACUGAGUGGGUUGAAGGAUUAUCCAUAUUUCUCCGAGGAACUUUUGAAGAAAAAGUGAAAUACUGUUACCAAGUUUAUUACUUGAAUGGGGAUGGAUACAUUUCCCAAGAUGAAAUGUUUGACAUGCUGAAGAAUAGUCUCCUCAAACACUCAGUUGAAGAAGAUCCGGAUGAAGGAAUAAAAGAGUUAGUAGAAAUAACUCUGAAGAAAAUGGAUUAUGACAAUGAUGGGAAGCUGUCUUAUGAAGACUUUGAACGAGCUGUAAAAAAAGACCAUCUUUUGCUGGAGGUGUUUGGCCCAUGUUUACCAGAAAAUGAGAAAUGUCUUGAAUUUGAAACCCUGGCAUUCAAAGACAUAAAAAAUGAAUUUCAACUGUGAACAGCUGAACCCUGGGCAAGCAUAUCAAAAAUGGAUCCUGGCUGAUUUAAACAAUAUCUACAUUAUGAAUCAUGCUAGACAUUUAUAUAAAGUGGU